AUGAUAAGACGAGAUAUAAACCCAGGAAAUCAACGGAAGCAGGGGAGAUCGUCUGGUGGAUUUUUCUCUCGCGUCGGCCGUAUAUUUUCCACUCCAUCAACAGUGUCUAAGGCUGAAUCGAAUACGAAACAAAAACAAAUAGUGGGCCCUUCAAUCGUUCGUCCAAGCAAAUCGUUUGCCAACACCUCUAUAAAUGCGGCCAGCAAUCUUUCUGCAGUCGACUUCACUAGUCUUUCGAACGUUAACACCACAUACAACAACAGAAAUCCUAAUGAUACUCUUGCAGAGUUCUUCAAGCGCAAAGGAGAUGCACCUCUUAGUGAAAUAGAAGUGGAGGGAGUGAUGUCAUUGAUUAACAAGAGUCAGCAAAUCAGCCAGGGUCAAAUUUUUCCCAAUCGGACAACCGUGGGCAUUCCUGCAGGUAAUAUGAGUACCAAUGCCACUAUGACAACCCAGAAUAACUCUUCAUUAAUACACGGAUUUAAUAACACGACUAUACUAAGGCCAUCACACGUGAAAACGCCUGUGAGUAUUCAUACCCCUUCAUAUAAACCCAAGACAAGGGUAAUCAGAAGACCCCACAGCCAAACUCGGAUAGUUAACUAUAGUGGGCAUAGAAAAAGACUGACAUCACCGCUUCUCAUGAAGCAGCAACAGCAAAAGCCUCCCUCUAAGAGAAGAAUUGUAAAUGGAGGUGUUAUAGAUCUUACCGAUUUAGGGGAUGAAGACGACUUAACGCAUAAGCCUACCAAUGGGUUUGUGGAGAUAAAAGUGGAGAGAAAAAGUGAAAGGACAUCUCAGAAAGAGCUGAGUAAAACCGCCAGUAAAGUGUUGGCGAUAUUGCGUGGUGAGCUCAGUGUUAGGUCACCAAAUUUGCCUUCUGUUGAAUCCAACACGAAGCCGGUGAUGAAAAUGAUUGGAAAUCCUAAAAGAAGUUUAGGAGAAGUCAAACUAGACAAAUCUGCUGCUAAACCGUUGCAAAUUACACUAAAAUCUCUUCCAGUUGCCAAACCAGUGCAACCGGUGGUGUCCUCCUUUUCUCAUCCAGCCAAAUCAUUUCAUUUCAGCUCGGACUUUUCCAAGAAAGACAGUAUUCAGAGAGCUCCUCCCUUGAAGCCCGUGGAAUCUCUGGAGUCUAUCGGAUCCGUCAAACCAGUCAAACUCGUCAAGUCUGUCGAUCGAAUUGAUCAAUUCGUCUUUCCAGACGUGACUUCCUCGAAUAGACGACUGCUAGAGCAUUUGGAGCCUAUAAAUGGAGCACAGUUGACCCCAAAAGAAGUUAUAGAGCGUUUCUCCUUCCCCGGUGUAGAAGAUGCGGAUUCUGCAACCGUGGCCGGUAUAAACGACAAUACCGUGCAGUUAUACCAAGAUGUAUUUGGUUUUUGCGGAGAUCCAGCAUAA